GUCUCAAGGGAUGUUGGGUAUUUUGGUGUUAAAAUCUUGAAUAAGGAAAUGAAAAUCACAACCAAAAUGGCAGAUAUUUAAUGUUGUAUUUCCACUCAGAUCUGUCUUAUGCAAUGAAAUUCACGAUACAUUAAGAAUUUAUUGUUAAAAGCUGUUAUUUAUUUCAAAUUGUGAAAUGGAAUAUUUAGUUAUUUCACACUUUGGAUUGCUUUUUGCAGCCAUCAUGAUGGGUAAGUCACUAUCACUGACAGCUUUUUUUUGGUAGAUCGUUUUAGUUUUAAUGUAGCUUGUUAACAGUCAAUUGCCUAGCUAUGAUGUAUAUUUCCUGCUGUGAAGGAUAAAAAUAAAUUGUUGCAGAUUUUAUUCAUUAAAAAAACACCAAAUGUUAAGUUUGAUAAAUCAGUCCAUAAAUUUGUCAUAAACUGAAAUAAUUUUGUAAACUUAAAUUUACUAGAUUUUUGGCAGAACCAAUGUUUUUUUGGGCUUUGCAAUGUAAAUUUAGCUGGCCGUGUCUUUAAAAGUUUAAGAUUUGUAUCAUUAACGUGAACAUUCUAUUACAGGUAUGGUGAUCACAAGAAUUAACUCUUUGGAACUAAGCGAUCGUCUUGAUUACAGUUCUGAUGGACAGAUUGGGACCAGCGCCACUAUUGGAUGCAAUUGGGUUAAGACCGAUUCAGAAAAUGGAUUGAACUUAGGAGUAGUCACACCCAGCAAUAAAACAUUUUUAUCUUAUUUUCCGGCUGAGCAGAGUCUGAGGAAUGGUAUUAACUUCCAUUCACGGCUUGUUUUAACAAAUACAAGCACAUCCUUAACAAUGACAAUCAUGAACAUCUCUUGCUCAGAUAUAGAUAUUUAUAUCUGUAGGAUGCGUUAUUUUUCAGACAGUGGCCUAAGCCUAAUGGAGAAGAAUUCAACUGGACGUCUGGUUGACAUUAAAAGUAAGAUCAAUUGUUAUUUUUGUUUGGCUUUAAAAGUUUGAUGAAAAAAAAUUUGACCUUUUUGUUUUUUUAAUUAAAAUCUUUUAGUUGCUAAAAUUGCUUUUAACUUUUAGUAGAAUAAGCCUCAAUUCCUCAAGAUAUUUAUAAUAAAAUAAUUUAAAGUUAAAAAAACCAUUUGAUCCUUUCAGUUCCUCCACAAGUUCCAGUGAUGACGCCACCCCCAUUGCUUGUAGUAUCAGAAGGAUUAAAUAUCACAUACAAAUGCCUGGCCAAUCUGGGACGGCCAAACAAAGGUCAAAUUGUGUGGAAUGCUUAUGUCAACGGACAGAAAAUUGAGCUUCCUUUGAAACCAAUUGUGAAGGAAACAAGUGGUAAGUAAUAUAAUUACUAUUGAUUUUAAGUACUGUAAACACUCCUUAUUGAGCCUGUUCGCUCAUAAGCAGACACCUGGCUUUUGAACAAGUAUAUGCAAAGGUUACUAUGUUGUUUUUUUCUCGUGGGAGAUGCUGAUCUUCUAUUGAGCGCCUCCCCAGCCGGCGGAUAGGGGAAAGCCCGCCAGAUAUGGAGGGUACCGGGGAAAUAAAAUACCCGGGGUGGACCAAAAUCAGCCCUACUGCCUUGUAGGAAGUGGAGGGAUCCACAAAGGCUAGGGACCUAACCCGAACAAAGGCAGCUACCCAUUGAGCUGUGAGGGGCAACCCCCCAAGUGGUUGUGCGCAAGGCCAACAACCCUGCCAUGUAAAAAAUCAUAGUUACAAAAGCACCGAAAAGAGUAACAAAAGACAUUUCAGUCCUGGGAGAGGAUGGAUUCCUUGAGGAGGAAAAUAUGACGCCUAAUAGUGAAAGCCGAAACCUGGAAGCUAUUAAGCCGACAACCAUCAUCUCUACCAGGACUACCACCGUCAUUGGCGCUUGGAAUGUCCGCACCAUGUACGAGGCUGGUAAAGCGGCACAAAUAGCCGCUGAGAUGAGGAGCUAUAAGCUCACCAUUCUCGGAAUUAGUGAAGCAAGAUGGACUGGAUGGGGACAGAAGAGAUUAAUCUCAGGAGAGAUGGUGAUAUUUUCGGGACACGAAGAAGACAAUGCCCCACAUACCCUGGGUGUUGCUAUGAUGCUAUCAAGGGCAGCACAAGGAGCACUCAUUGGAUGGGAGGCCCAUGGACCUAGAAUUCUUUUAGUAACCUUUCGAACAAAGAAACGUAACAUCAACCUAGAAGUUAUACAAUGCUACGCACCAACUAAUGAAAGUGAUGAAGGAGACAAAGAAGAAUUCUACAAUAGAGUAAUGACCAUAGUCCAGGGUCGUCCACGGAGGAACAUCGUCAUCCUCAUGGGAGACUUUAAUGCCAAGAUCGGCAAAAGCAACACAGGGUACGAAGAGGUUAUGGGACAGCAAGGGAUAGGCGAGAUGAACGACAAUGGUGAGAGGUUUGCGGACCUAUGUGCCACAGCUGACCUGGUCAUAAGGGGGAGCAUUUUCCAGCACAAGAGGAUUCACAAAGCUACAUGGGUCUCUCCGGACAUGAGAACGAUGAACCAAAUAGACCAUGCAUGUAUUUGUAAAAAAUUCAGGCGAUCUCUCCAAGACGUAGGUGUUAAGAGGGGAGCUGAUAUUGCCUCAGAUCAUCAUCUUCUUGUGGCCAGGAUGAAAUUAAAACUAAAGAGACAUUAUACCGAGCAAACUGCAUACAGGACGCUGUAUAAUACCUCCCUCCUGAAGGACCAAGCCAAAAAGGAAGAAUUCAGAAUCUCAUUAUUCAAUAAGUUCCAAGUCCUACAAGAAAUACUUGAAGAUGAAACCACCGAAGGAAAGUGGCAAAGCAUGAAAGAAACAGUCCAGUCAACAUGUCAAGAAGUGCUAGGAAACAGGAAAAAGGCACACAAAGAAUGGAUGACAGCAGGUACGCUGAAUAAAAUAGAAGAAAGGAAAAGAAAGAAAUCAGAAGUGAAUAACAGCCGCACCCGAGCACAGAAAAACAAGUCCCAGAAGGAGUAUGCAGAUGCAAAUAAGGAAGUUAAGAAAAGCAUCAAGAGGGACAAGAAGGAAUUUGUUGAUAAACUUGCUAAAGAAGCAGAGGAUGCAGCUCACCAGGGGAACAUGAGGGAACUGUUUGAUACCAUUAAGACGCUGUCAGGGAAAUUUAGCAAGGUAGAGAGACCAGUGAAGGACAAAAUGGGAAACACCAUACCAAGUGAGGAGCAACAGAGAGGGAGAUGGAAGGAGCACUUUGAAGAGCUCCUGAACAGGCCUGAACCAAGAAAUCCACCAGAUAUCCAACCAGCCGAUAAUGACCUGCUAAUUGACUGUAAUAGUCCCACCAAAGAAGAGAUUAGCAGGGCCAUUAAACAACUCAGAAAUGGAAAGGCUGCGGGACCUGAUGGCAUCCCAGCAGAGGCACUGAAGGCGGACCUGGAAACCAGUGUGGAAAUGCUACACCCUCUGUUUAUGAAGAUAUGGGAAGAGGAGCAAGUUCCUUCCGAUUGGAAAGAGGGAUACCUUAUCAAGAUCCCAAAGAAGGGAGACUUAAGCUCCUGCUCGAACUACAGAGGGAUCACCCUGCUGUCCAUCCCAGGAAAGGUUUUCAACCGUGUACUACUUAACAGGAUGAAAAACGCUGUAGACCCUCUGUUGCGGGACGAACAAGCCGGCUUUCGCACCAACAGAUCCUGCACGGACCAGAUAGCGACACUGCGCAUCAUUCUAGAGCAGUCACUAGAGUGGAACUCGCCGCUCUAUGUCAACUUUGUUGACUAUGAAAAAGCCUUCGACAGUGUUGACAGGCAAACCCUGUGGAGAUUGCUAAGGCAUUACGGGGUGCCACAGAAGAUUACUGAUAUAAUCAGAAACAUGUACGAAGGGAUAAACUGCCGAGUUAUCCAUGGCCAGCAGUUGACAGAUGCUUUCCAGGUGAAGACUGGUGUGAGACAAGGUUGCUUGCUGUCACCAUUCCUCUUCCUGUUAGCCAUUGACUGGGUGAUGAAAACAUCUACACAGCAGAAAAGGAAUGGCAUCCAAUGGACCUUGUGGGAUCAACUGGAUGAUCUUGACUUUGCUGAUGAUCUUGCACUUCUUGCACAUACCCAACAACAGAUGCAGGAGAAAACAAACAUUGUCGCAGCCACUUCUGCUAGCAUGGGUCUCAACAUUCACAAAGGGAAGAGUAAAAUCCUCAAGGUUAAUGCCACCAGUACAUCACCCAUUAUGCUUGAAGGAGAAGCCCUUGAGGAGGUGGACAGUUUUGUUUACCUUGGCAGCAUGGUAGAUAAACAAGGUGGUACAGAUGCGGACGUCAAAAUAAGGAUAGGAAAAGCAAGAGCAGCCUUCCAACAACUCAAGAAUGUUUGGGUCUCUAACAACUUAGGCAGCAAGUUAAAAGUAAGGAUUUUUAACGCUAUGGUAAAACCUGUGCUGCUAUAUGGAGCCGAGACAUGGAGAACAACGGCCGUAAACCUGACCAGAAUCCAGUCCUUCAUCAACAACUGUCUAAGAAGGAUUCUCAGAAUUCACUGGCCAGACAAAAUCAGCAACCAGGAACUGUGGCAGCGGACAAAACAGAAGCCCAUUGAGGAAGAGAUUCUCCAGAAGCGGUGGAGGUGGAUUGGUCAUACACUAAGAAAACCUGCUUCUAACACAACAAAGCAAGCCCUGAAAUGGAACCCACAGGGUAAGCGGAAAAGAGGCCGUCCAAGAAACACUUGGCGCCGAGAAUUGGAGACAGACAUCAAGAAAAUUGGCCAUGAAUGGAAGAUCCUGGAGAAGCUGGCCCAUGAUAGAGAUGCCUGGAGGUCUCUCGUAGGUGGCCUAUGCCCUUGGAGGAACCGCAGACGCCGACGAUGAUCGGUGGAUGCCCCUCAUGGACGAGAAGGCUCAACAACUAUGUUUUUUGUUUCCAGAUCACAUCAGUUAAUUUCCAAAUGUGUGAUUAAGGCUCAUUAAAUAUAUAUCCUUUUGGCUAGUCUUUAACUUGAGCCUUCAAAUUACUAUCAUAAUUAUGAUUAUAGCUCCCAAUAAUCUAUAACUUAAAUAUUCCAUUUGCCAUAACUGUUACAAUAGAAUCCUUUCACCUGUAACUUUUGCUAAAUCUAUUGAACAUACUCUCCAGAUGACAACAAUUGUACAGUUAGUGUUGAAAGCACAGUGACAGUCCAAGCCAACAGGACAAAACAGAACAUCACCCUGGCUUGUUUUUCUACCAACCAAGACUUUCAGCAAACAGCCCCUCCAUUGUGUACAAGUCCUGGCACAGACUUGUGUGCUCAAUCUCAACCUUUGAACAUUCAAUGUAAGAAGGUUUUUUUUUUGUUUUUUCUGUGGAAUUGGACAAUGACUCCACUGCUUAUUUUUUAACUGGAACGCUAAGGGAACAACUGAUUCCUAAAACAUAAUCAUGCUGUGCUCCAAAAUAAAAGAAAGUUGCCAAGCCCUAUUUUGGGCAAUGAAUAUUAGGAGUAAUUUUAUUGAAAGCUACAUAUUAAUGAUUAAAAGUUAAAGAUGUAUUUUGUAAUAUUUAUAUGUUGAAAAUCCUUGAAGACUCAAACAAUUAUUUUUAAAUUAUUCUUUUCCUCAGAUGCAGCCAGCAAAUUGAUAGUAAACAGAAGUCCCCAGUCAGAUGUUGAGGAAGGCAGUACUAUGACACUCACCUGUCAGGCAGAAGGCAACCCACAACCCAACUAUACAUGGCUGCAAGUUGGCAAUGAAAAUAGAUCAUUAAAUGGUUUUCAAGAAGGGCUCACCAACAAACUGAUAUUAAGUAACCUCAAUAUUACAGAUGACACAGGAGUCUACAAGUAGGUUCAUACUGUUGAAUUACUUUUUUUUUUUUUUUUUUUAGGAUUAAUUUUUUUUCCAAGUAGGUUCAUUCUGUUGAAUUUCUUUUUUUUUUUUUUUUUUUUAGGAUUAAUUUUUUUUCCAAUCUUCAGUAUAACUGUGAUGUCACACCAUUUGCAAUUUUGUCAUUAGUCCAUUCCAUCUACUCUGUCUCUCUUUGUCUCUCUUUCUGUUGCUGACUUCUGCUUUCCUUUGCUAUGAUUAUCACCCAUGUUGAGUAUGUGAGGGAGGAGAGGCAUUGGGUGUUUCUGAUAAUGUUGGGUUUUGUACCUACUUAUUUUACUAUUAUGAGAUCAAUGUGGAUGUUCACCAUACAAUGUUUUAUCUUCCUCUAGUUGCACUGCUACAAACAAUGUCGGAGGAGUGAAUUAUUCCAUUACAGAUCAAGUCUCAGUUAACGUUUGUAUGUAUCAUUUUAACCUUUUUAAUUCAGUAACAAUUUUUUUUUAUUGGUUACUUGUCAAACAAUUUAUUUGAAUAAUUAUUUUGAGAUAUGUUACUGUUACCUUUUGGGGGUUUUCUCGUGUUUUUUUCCCCUUAUUGCCCUUUAGUUAAUGUUGGUACAUGUAAAGACCGUCCGAAUUUCGGCUUCGGUUUUGGCACCGAAAGUGGACAUUUUAUCACUUUCGGCCAAGUUUGGGUUUCGGCCGAAACUGUAAAGUUAACUUUCGGCUUAAUUUCGGUUUCAGUCAAAAUUGACUUAGACUUUGGCCGAAAGUGACUGAGGUUUUCAGUCAUCUAAUACGAAAAAAAAGCGAUAUUUAACAACAAACUAAGCGAUAUUUAAGAACAAACUAAACGAUCUUUAAGAACAAACUAAACGAUCUUUAAGAACAAACUAAAUGAUCUUUAAAAUCAAAUAAAGCGAUCUUUAAGAACAAAUAAAGCCAUCUUUGAGAACAAACUAAGUGAUCUUGAAGAACAAAUUAAACGAUUUUUAAGAACAAUCUUAAUGGUCUUUAAGAACAAAACUAAAUGUUCUUAAGGAACAGACUAAAAGAUUUUUAAGAACAAACUAAUCGAUCUUAAGGAACAAAAUCAAUUAUCUAAGCCAUCUUCAACAACAAAAUAAGUGAUCAGUAAGAACAAACUAAACGAUUUUUAAUAGCAAACUAAAAGAUCUAUAAAAACAAACUAAAUGAUCUUUAAGAACAACUAAGCGAUAUUUAAGAACAAAAUCAAUGAUCUCUAAGAACAUACUAAGCAAUUUUAAUGAACAAACUAAACGAUCUUUUAAUAACACGAACUAAGCAAUCAUUAAGAAAAAACUUUAGCGAUCUUUUUUGAACAAACUAAAUGAUCCUUAAGAACAAACUAAAAGAUCUUUAAACAAAAUCUAAGCGAUCUUUAAGAAGAAACUAAGCAAUCUUUAAGAACAAAAAAAGCGAUCAUUGACAAAAAACUGAACAAUCUUUAAGAACAAACUAAGUGAUCUUUAAGAACAAACUAAACAACCUUUAACAACAAAAUAAGCGCGAUCUUUAAGAUUAAACUAAUCUAUCUUUUAGAACAAACUAAGGGAUAUUUAUGAACAAACUCACCGAUAUUUAAGGACAAACUAAACGAUCAUUAACUACAAACUAAACGAUCUUUAAGAACUAACUAAACCAUCUUUAAGAACAAACUAAACGAUCCUUAAAAUCAAAUAAAGCGAUCUUUAAGAAUAAAUUAAGCGAUCUUUUAGAACCAUGAUCAGAACAACAAUUUUAAGAGACCCGGUUUAACAAAAUAAUUUUUGCCACCAAUGGGGGUGAGGGAGGUUAGUCUCCCAACUAAAUAAUUACGUCACCAGCACGGAAAGACUAGUGUGUUGUUACUUGGUUAAAUCUUAAUACAGUGUUAUCUUGCAAGCUAUUAAUGAAAACACAAAGCAUUAUUAUUACGAAAUCGGCGAAACAUUGUGGUGAUAUUUUAUAGCCUUAAUAACAUAUAUUUAGGUGGUAAUUGGCUCUAUUUGAGCCACAAUAAUUGUUGUAGGUAUAUGUUCUAGGUUGUAAUUAUAUUAUAAAAGCAAAGGCACUCAAGAGUCUAUUUUGCAUUAAUUUUGCCAAAUUUUCUCCUACCAUACUAAUUUUAAAAAAUGUUAAAGCAAUUUAAAUUACUUUUAAUUUAAAAUGGUAAAAUCCAAAGAAUUCAUUAGAUCAAGGAUUUCAAACUCAAAUCAUCAGGGGGGCCGCAGGGGGUAGAGUCUGAGUGAGAUUGGGCCGCAUCAAGUAUUCCACAAAAAAGCGAUUACAACUGUUACAAUCUGCUCAACCUUUAUAAAUAACAAUAAAAACAUUAAGGGUUCUCAAGAACUAGGAUUCACUUUCUUCCACCUACUCACUGUUGCCAGAGACCUGGCAGUGCUUCUUUUUACACAGAUGAGCAGCUUUGGCUUGAGCGAGGAAGCAACUGAGACCCUCAUUAUAGCUUGAAGAUACUCAUCAGUAAUUUGGCCCUGAACGUUUACUUGUUAAAAAGCAUAGUGGGAAAGAGCUUUUCAUAAAAAUAGGUGCUCCCAAAAAGUCAUAUGAUCCGCUUGAGCAACCUAAAAAUGUCAGGGAAGGAGGAGGGCAAUGCAAUAAAAUGUCCAUGCUUGUCUGUUUUUCCAUUCAGCUCCGCGUAUGGGGGGGCGCGGGGCUUGGUUUUCGUAUAUAGNGCUGUCUCUGUUUUUUUGAAGUCUAAAAAAUGUUGAGACCCAGACUGGGUAAAAAGGCAUAAGAAGAAGAUUUAGAAAGUGACCAAGCUGACAGGCUCGGAAUUUACCUCACUCGUAAACACUAGCGGCAAUUUUAAUAUGGAUCCUUUGAUAAUGUAUCAGAUUGCUACGAUUUACACAAUUAUGGUUGUGCAUUAGCCGCCAACUUACUUUUAAAAACUUUUCUCAAAGCCACACUCUUUGCCAUGUUUGUCUCAAAAGCUAUAAAAUAAAAACUUUUAUUCCGAUUUUAAAAUGGUUCUUACCAUUAUAAUCAUCAUACAAAAAUAUAUAGAAACAUUUUUAAAAAAUUAGAAUUAGACUAGUCGGUGAGAUUCGACUGAAACCGUCGCGGAGAGUCACGUUAUAGAUAUGAAAAUGGGGGAAAUGCGCCGGCACUUUAACACUAAAAUUUUCUGUUAUGUAGCAGGCCGCAAAAUAUCGUCUUGUGGGUCACAAAUAGUGCGCAGGCCGCGAACUUGAGACCCCUAUAUUAGAUGUUUAUUUAUUAAUAUUCACGAUUAUCUCAUUUUUAUAAAAAGAAUGUAAAUAUUGAUACUUUCCCCCAUCAUUUUCGAUGUAUGCAGGAACGCAUUUCAAGAUAUCUAAAUAUUUCGGUUUUGGCCGAAAGUCAUUUUUAACUUUCAGCCUUUUUUCGGUUUCGGCCGAAAGUCAUUUUUAAAUUUCUGCCUAUUUUCGGUUUCGGCUGAAAGUUAUUUUAAACUUUCUGCCUAGUUUCGGCUUCGGCCGAAAUCAGAAAAUCACUUUCGGUCGGUCUCUAGUUACAUAGUGUCUUUGAAGAGGUUUUUAUUACCAACUAGACACAAUCUAUUUUGUUUUAGUAUAAUCAGUGCCAGGCCACUCUUCUGUGAUGAGGUUUGGCUAUAGAGGUGUUUCUGUUCUCAUCCACUCUUCUCUGAGAUAUUUUGGGUAUUGAGGUUGUUAUGUACCGUUGUAUGGUUUUGAAACUUUAUUUAAUUUGUUCUAAGAUUUGGCUAAUUUUUUUAAACAAUACAUAACUAAGAACUAAAAACCUGUAAUUUAAUAGUAAAACUAACUUGAAUAUUGUUAAUUUCACUAACUUUCGUAUAGUUGUUCUUUGCAUACAGGAUUUCAGUUAACAAUAUUAAAGCUAGUAAUAUUAACAAUAUUCAAUUUAAUUUUACUAUUAAAUUUAUAUAAAAAUACAAAUUUAAAUAGACAGAAAAUAAAAGUAAAUUAAUUUACAACACAGUUGAAAAAAUAUAAUCCUCACAAGAUACAAAUAUUAAAACGCAUGCCCACACAAAGAGUAUAUUGUAAGUAUAUUACAUCUUGUAAAUGUCUAGGUACAUUAGCAAAAAUCUCCCCUGUCUGAGAAAGUUGCCUGGUUAUUGAUAAGGAGAAAACUGGAAACCUCUGGGAAAGAAAUUCUAGAAAUUGAAUCACCUGAUAUCAUUCUUUAGAAUAAAUAAGAACAUAUUCUAACAUAAACAACCUUUUCCCAAUCAAGGAGGGCAUGGUGUGGUUGACUGUUACACAUUGAUUGGUGACAACACUAUCAACAAAAAAAAGGUUUUGGGAGAAGUAGUGGACUUAAGCUUUACAUUGCAGAAAAAAUUAGGUCAAGACACAGGCACAACAAGUUGUUUCAAUGCUGGUCCACUCUUCACUGUGAUAACAUUUGGGUAUAGAGGUGUUUCAAUGCUGGUCCACUUUUCUCUAUGAUAACAUUUGGGUAUAGAGGUGUUUCAAUGCUGGUCCACUCUUCUCUGUGAUAACAUUUGGGUAUAGAGGUGUUUCAGUACUUCAUGCCGCACCAAAACUUGAUUAUUCACUCUCCUAUGCCACCCUUGUCAUUUGUGAAAAAUAUAAUUGAAUGAAAUCAUUAAUUGUGUUAUCAAAUAAUUUGUUAAAUAUCUUAUGGUCUAAUAAUGUCUAAAUAAUAGUACAUAAAACCUGUCUAGCUUUACAAAAACCUUGUUGUCUUGAAUAUUAAUAGUUAAAUGUGCCUGUUGUGUAACAAAGAUAUGAUGGGCAUGUGUCACCUGUGUUACAUAAGAAUUGAUGGGGACGUUCUUUAAAAAUUGAUAUGAAUAUAAAUCAUUAAUGUAUUAUUUAUUUUUACUCUAGGGUUUAAUAUUUUCUCAUUAAGUAAUGAUCUAAAAUAAAUAUAAAUUUUGUGUCAAAAAGAAAAGAUACUUAAAAUCUUCUUCUUCUUCUAUAUCUUAAGGGCCCACAAUCAAUUUAUUGAUCAUUUUGGCUCCUAUGCAUGUAGAUGGGAUAUGCAAUGUUUCUGUUACUGGUGUUGAUGAGGAAAUCAUGCACUAGGGGUUUGAAGGCUUGAGGCAAUAGACACAAAUGUGUCUAGUGUUGUCGCCUCAACCGUUCCUUUUGAAAGAUUGUUCCAGUCCCUGAUUGUCUUGGGCAGGAAUGAGCAGCUCCUAUACUGGCUUCUUGCUGGUAUGAGCCUGAAUUGCCUGUCAUGGUCAACCGUUCCUUUUGAAAGAUUGUUCCAGUCCCUGAUUGUCUUGGGCAGGAAUGAGCAGCUCCUAUACUGGCUUCUUGCUGGUAUGAGCCUGAAUUGCCUGUCAUGGCCUCGUUGCUGUCUAUGGGGGAGAGGGACGAGUUUCUGUUUAAUACUGGAACAGUGGACCAGCCCAUUAUUUAUCUUGUACAUCAUGGAGAGCCUGGAUUGUCGUCGUCGUUUCUCCAAUGGUGACCAGCCUAGUGUUUCUAGCAUGCUGCCAAAGUACAAAAUCUACAAAGUACAUCCUGAUAUUUUAUUUUUUCACACACUUGUAAAUAAAGGCAGGUAGUAGUUUCAAUCUUGAUACAUCUCUUAUUCUUAUUCUUUUCUAUAUUUUGAGGGCCCAUGAUCAAUGUAUUGAUCCUUCUGGCUCCUAUAUUUGUAGAGGGGUUUGCGAUGUAACUGUGCAUGGUAUUGAAGAGGGUACUUCACUGGUUGCAAGGGGCUAUUCAGCGAUGGUAUUAAGAACUGGGGGUCGGAAGGCCUGAGACAAUAGACGCAAAUGUGUCAAUUAUCAUCGCCUCAACUGUUGAAAGCUUGUUCCAAUCCCUGAUUGUUAUGGCAGGUAUGAGCAGUUCCUGUACUGAGUUCUUGUUGCUAUGAGCCGGAACUGCCUGUCAUGGCCUCAUCGCUGUCUGCAGAGUUAUUGCCAGAAUUAAAUUAUUUAUUCCUCACAAAUCUUGUUUUUAACAGAAAUGUCAAUAUUUCAAGGCUAAAUACAAGGAAGAAUCGUUGUUGACUGGUAGUUGGAUCACAAGUGUAAAAUACAUCUAAUCUUUGACUAGAAUUCCCUAAUCUAAAUAUAUACCAUGUAAUCUAGAUUUAAAAGAGUUUCUUUUUAACUGAAUGUGGAAAGUUAGCUUAAUGUAAUUAGACAAAUCUAAUUAUUGUGGCAAGUUGUCACUUUUAGCAAACAGGCACUUCGUUUUAACAAAUAUAAACUGACACAUCAGUUACUUUUGUUACGCACUGGCUUCUUUUGUGAGAAAUUAAUCUCCUAUUUUAAUUUUAUGGCUCGUUCAAACAGUGCCUAACAAAGGACGAUACCAUAGAGAAAUACAAUUACAAAAAAUACGACACCCAAAACAGUUGCCAAUUACAAUUAGUAAGAUUUAAUUUAGUAAUAAAACAACAACAAAACAAAAGAAAUAUAAUUAUAAAUCAUCAACUUACAGAAUAUCGGAAAAUCUUGUACCAGUACACAAGUAGUACAAUGUGCCAAUUAAUAUUAUAAUGAAGAAUGAGAAUAAACACAUAAGUACACAAAGAGUAAUACACGUCUCGUGAAGUUAAAAUAAAUCUAUCUGAAUCUCCCUCUCUCUCUGUGCCUAUAUGUGGGUCUAACGACGUGUUUAGAAACGCCCUUACUUUUCUAAUACAAUCGAGAACGUUCAAUAAGAUACUAGUACACAUACUAACCAUGUUUAAUUGGAAGUCGGUAGUAAACACGAUACAUCAAAUGAAUAAGCCAUGCCCACAAUAAACGCUACCGCCCGCUAGGAAUCUAAUGUGGGGUGAAACAAAGUUCAAGCACGGGGAAAGUGUGCUACAUAACACUUUGAAAAUGUUGCCUUGUUCUUUGAUUCACCUAUUUUGAACAUGUUUUACCAACUUUGAUGUUCUAUUUGAUGACGUUCUGACCAGUUCUCAAAACUACAACCACGACGACGACAACAACAACACGGAAGACGACGCUAACCUCUUCCAGCUCACCUGCAGGUUCUUCAGCUACUGGCCCACAAAAUGCAGGCGGUGGUGAUGAUAAUACGAGUAAGUUUUUAAAUCCUGUUUUUAUUUAAUUAUUGAAAGAAACCAUAAAUAUGUCUUUAAAUUUGUUACUCCAGAUUAGGGUGAUAUAACGGUUAAGUGUGUAGCAAGGGUAAGUCUAUAAUAAGGUUAAGUCUGUAGUAUGGGUAACACCAACAAAUUAAUAAUGGCAGAUUCGUCUUUGGACCAAAAUGGCUACACCAAUAGAAUUUUCAUUUUGAAAUCUUGCUUUAUGAUCUGUAUUGAGUACCAAAGAAGUUUUAAGUAAAAUAAGUAACAUCAAGAAGCCACAUACAAUGUUUGUUAUAACUUUUAGUAGCAGCUCACAUUCUACAUGAUAGUUGUUUCUCUCAUCCAUAGACACCAUCAUCAUUGCUGUAGUGGUUCCUGUUGCUUGCAUUAUCAUCAUCAUCAUCAUUGUGGUCAUCGUGUGUGUCAAGAAGAGGAAACAAACAAAGUCUAUCAUUGAAG